AGCAGCCCAACUGCAGAGGUGCCUUUGAUCUCUACUUCGUCCUGGACAAGUCUGGGAGUGUGGCAAAGAACUGGAUUGAAAUUUACAGUUUUGUCCAGCAACUUACAGAGCGAUUUGUGAGCCCUCAAAUGAGAUUAUCUUUCAUUGUGUUUUCUUCUCAAGCAACCAUUAUUUUGCCAUUAACUGGAGACAGAGGCAAAAUCAGCAAAGGCUUGGAGGAUUUAAAACAUGUUAUUCCAACAGGAGAGACAUACAUCCAUGAAGGACUAAAGCUAGCAAAUGAACAAAUUGAGAAAGCAGGAGGCUUAAAAACCUCCAGUAUCAUAAUUGCUCUGACAGAUGGUAAGUUGGACGGUCUGGUGCCAUCAUAUGCGGAGAAAGAGGCAAAAUUAUCCAGGUCAUUUGGGGCUAGAGUUUAUUGUGUUGGUGUCCUUGACUUUGAACAAGAUCAACUCGAAAGAAUUGCUGAUUCCAAGGAACAAGUUUUCCCUGUCAAAGGUGGAUUUCAAGCUCUUAAAGGGAUAAUUAAUUCUAUCCUAGCCCAGUCAUGCACUGAAAUCCUGGAAUUGCAGCCCUCAAGUGUAUGUGUCGGGGAGGAGUUUCAGAUUGUUCUGAAGGGCAGAGGAUUCAACCUGGGCAGCCGCGGCGGGAGCGUCGUCUGCACUUACACCGUGAACGACACCUACACGGCCAGUGUAAAGCCAGUAAGUGUGGAGCUCAAUUCUAUGCUUUGUCCUGCACCUACCCUGACUAAAGUUGGAGAGACUCUCGAUGUUUCAGUGAGCUUUAAUGGAGGAAAAUCUGUCAUCUCGAGCUCAUUAAUAGUCACAGCCACAGAAUGUUCGAAUGGGAUUGCAGCCGUCAUCGCCAUUUUAGUGCUACUGCUACUCCUGGGCAUUGGUUUGAUGUGGUGGUUUUGGCCCCUUUUCUGCAAAGUGGUUAUCAAGGAUCCUCCUCCCCCCCCACCCCCUGCACCAAAAGAGGAGGAAGAAGAACCUCUGCCAAACAAGAAAUGGCCAACUGUGGAUGCUUCCUAUUAUGGCGGUCGAGGAGUUGGAGGAAUUAAAAGAAUGGAGGUUCGCUGGGGCGAUAAAGGAUCUACUGAGGAAGGUGCAAGGCUAGAGAAAGCCAAAAAUGCUGUGGUGACAAUCCCCGAAGCAGAGGAGCCUGUCCGGCCGCGGCCACCGCGGCCCAAGCCCUUGCACCAGCCUCCGCAGACCAAGUGGUACGCGCCCAUCAAGGGUCGGCUGGACGCGCUCUGGGCUUUGCUGCGGCGGCAGUAUGACCGGGUCUCCCUGAUGCGGCCCCAGGAAGGAGACGAGGGUCGGUGCAUAAACUUCUCCCGAGUUUCUUCCCAGUAAAAGGAAAGGAGGAGGGCCACGAAGGUGUGAAGGUGGUCCGUCUUCGCACUGCUGAUUUCCAACCAAAUGAAAACCCAAUAAGUGCAUCUUAGAAAGUUUUGGAAGAGCAGCUUCAUUCCUCUCGGUCAGGAAGCGUUUCCUCUGCCUUCUGCUUUGCUUGCACCAGACAUUUUCAAACACUUGCCCUGCCAUCUACACGGGAGUUGAUGGAACUCAAGUGGUAACUCAUGACUCAUGACAUUGAAUAUAAAGGGGAACUUUAUGUGCUGUGGCUUACACAAGAAAGUCUGCAUGAAUGUGUAAAAAAGGGGGGGAGAAAAUAAAGAACAGGAUGAAGAUGACACCAGUGCGGGGACCACAGAACAGCUGGCCCCGAUGGCUCUUUAAUGAAGAAAGGAGUGUCACGCGUGGAAACAUGGCACUCGUGUGUUUACAUGGCAAGACUACUCACGGGCAGCCUGUGAGACACCCACCAGCUAAGCAGACAAAGGAGGCCCUGCCUUAGAGCUCUGCGGGGUCACAGACCCUUCCAGUCCCCUAGGCCGUGGGCCUGCGGGAAGCUUCGCCCGGGAAGGCCCGUCAUUCUGAUGCCGAGACGAGCGCACACGAUGAGAUGCGGACGGAUGCCCCGGGCACGGGUGGCAGGCGAGAUUCUGCCCUUUAGUUUUCGAGCCUUUCUUCCGUCGUGCGCUCGGGAAAGGAAGGAGAGUAGUGGAGCACGUCCCGCGGGAAGGCAGCGCCGCCCUGAGAGCUGAGGACAGGGCGCUGUGGUCGGAGCCCCCCCGGGCCCCGCAGCGGCCAGCGCCCCCAGGAGUUGUAUUCGCUUUUAAUUUAAAGGAAGCAGCAACCACACAGCUUCCGCUCAGGGUUUUUUCUUUCUCCAAGUCUCCACGGGCUCUUCAGCGUCACAAGCCAGCAACUCUCUUUGCAUGAAAAUUUCAAAGUUUAAUUAAUAUAAUUAAAGGCAACAGCAAGCAGCAGCCUGUGAAGAUUUCGCCCAUCUUUUUUAUGCCUUUUGACAUUGAAUGACCUAUUCCUGUAUGCGCAUUACUUGGAUUUGGGGGGGGCCUUUACCUUGCAUGUGAUUCAGUAGAGAAGCAAAGACCUCCACUACUCAUCAAUUUAAAAAAUUAGAUUUUCGGGAGGGUCAGCCACCACAAAACAUCAAAAAUGUAUGUAUUAUCAUUUUUUUAAGAAAAACCACCAUCGUGCCGUGUCGACAGUGCCAGAUUAUGUUAGCGUGAGCGGAAACACUGGGGGGGAGGAAGAAAGCAGCAGCUGAAGACAAAGGCUCAGAUGAUCCAGUCACUUCCGAUGCUGAAUUUCAGAGGCGAAAUGGAUAUUCGACGCGAAGCCUGCCAGCGCGCGCGCUUUGAUGAGAACUGGCACAGACAGUGACCAGUGGCCGGGUCAGUGGGAUGUCUCUCUGCGAGCACGAAGGCUUAUCAAAUGACACUAAAAAUAAGUUCAGCCACCGUCACAUCGGAAGGGGGAAGGCGAGCAUUUCAUGUUUGGCGGGCAUGUGAGUGCACUAGAUGGAAAGAGCGAUCUGGAGCAACCCGUAUAAUUACCCCCAUUGUGCUCUUAAUGGAAGUUCAGAGGACGGGAGGGAUUCUGUUGGUUGGUGUCCGGAUUUGUGGCACUGCUCCAAGAAGCCUUACUCACACACGCAAAUAUACAUUUAUAUGUGUGUGUAUUUUCUAGCUUGAAUCUUUUGCUCAAGUUUAUUUAUGUCACUGGCUGGCUGGAUCCAAAGUCAUGUGUCUACAUAUUCAUAAAUAAAAUGUUACCUGUGCCUCCGCUACCAUUUUUUUUAAGCCUACAUCAACUCAAGCCUUGUUUGAUUGAAUAUGUCAUUGUCCUGAUUAGUUUUAAGGACAGAAUUACAUUGAGUUCCAAAAUGUCCCUCAUGUUCACAAACAGUCUGUUGGCAGUAAUUAUCCAUGAGUGCAAGUAUGACUUGGAAGCCGAUGUCCACCCAAUGAGUUCUUGUAGACCUUUGUUCUACAUUUGCAUCUGGGAUAGGGCCUAUCCCUAUUUUCUUAAAUUGAUAAUUUAUUUCUGAGCAGUGCACAUCCCUAAAUGGCGUUUAUGAGCAUCCAGGAUGCUUAGAAGCUAAAGCUGUUUCUUUGAUAGUUACUUUGAAUUUUUCUAGUGUCAUAUGGCAUUUGUAUGACACUUGUAUUUUGCUAUAUGAGCAGUGUAAGUAGACCUCUGCCUUUAAAUGGCAAAUCUGUGGAUUGUCAUGCAAAUAGACUUCCAGUUCUAAUACCACUAUGAAGAAUUCUCAAUGAUGACGGAGAGGCAAUGGUCUAUAUGUUGUCUAAAAAAGUACCGUUCAUAAUGUUUAAAGACAGAUGGGAUUUUAUUGCACCGAAAGACAUGAACAGAUUUACAUUACAAUUUUCUCCGAUUAGGCUAACUAGCAAAUGAGAGGACUUUGCUUCAAAGAGUACUGUUUUCUCACUAAAUUGGAAACCUCCAGACCUUUCAACCAGGAAAAUAAAAGGGUAGUAUAAACCCAUUUCCAUGAGUUUAAUAACAUUUUAUAUGGUAUAUAGAGAAACAGUUCCUCAUUAAUAUUUUGGACUUAAUAUCAGUCAAGAUUUCUUUUCUGUGAAUAAGCGAGCAAGCCUUCAUGCAUAAUCCACUUGUGUUGCAUAAGGCUGCAAAAACAAUUAGGUGGGAAAUGACUCCUAACUUAUGUGUCUACUCUGCCUGGAAGAAAGUUUUGAAGGCAUCUAUAUAUAUUUCAUAACAAUGUCUGUUCUUUAUAGAUUUGAUCCAUAAAUAUUUAUCUAUCUGAAAACUUCGAUACUUGGAAUGUUUUCCUUAAAGCAUUUGGUGCUCCAAGAAAAAACAUUUGGUGCUAAGAGUUGCAUCACUGAUGCCUUUCCCCAAGUUAAUUCUAUUUUAACAUUUUAUAUUUCCUUCCCAAUGAGAUGCAGAGUAAAAUUUGAGACCCUCCCUCAAGAAGGGAGCAGCAUCUGUCACUAUGGAUAAUUACUGUUUUGACAAAAAUAUAUAAGGUUUAAACCUCUUGUAUUUCAAAUUGUUAGAGAAGAAAUGAUUUGCUUAUAUUUAUCUUGAACUUUAUUCUAACCACUUUAAAUCAUAAAUUAUUCAAUAUUUGUUUUUCAAAUAAAUCUAUACUGGGUAUAAGA